AUGACAUCCGAUUAUUUAAGCGAUUACCAGGAGAUUCUUCGGAAUCGUCCUUUACCACCGCCACCAUCUCAAACAGACGACCAUGUCCGGCAAAUUGAGGUGCUGCGUACGGUGCUCGAAUCCAAAUAUCAGGCUGCUGCUAAGGAAGAAUGGGCUCUGUAUCAAGCAGACAAGCAGAGUCUGGAGGCUGAGAGGGCUGAGAGGCAGAGGCUGUUCGAUGCCGCCCUUGAUGGAGUGACGCAUGAUGCCGCCUGGCAGGAAACCAUACUGUCCUUCCAGAAAAGCUUGGUCCGAUAUUACGAGCAGAGGAAAUUGAUUUUGUUUGAUAAAUACAAGAAAAUCGAGCAACAGCGCGCGGCCAGGCGCAAAACUGAGGAGCAAGCCUUGAAUAAUGAGAUAUAUGAGAGGAUAACUUCUAAACGUCGCCAGUCGAUGACUACGGCGCAGAAUCAGGAGAAAACGCAGCCACUCUCAAUUCCGCGCGCCGUUGCCCCGAGGACUCCGGCGGAAACACCCCCGCCUCUAAACUCGUCUUCCCCAACUUUGGGCCGGCGACAGUCUACAUCUGACGCAUCCUCCAAUCCCCCUGAGAGCACAUCCUUUGUCCCAUUGACAGAGCCACAUCAUUCUGAUGUUCCUCCACCUCCACCAGCUGGUCAGUCAGAUGGUCCCAAGCUAGCCAUGACAACCUCCCAAAAGGUUUCCGAGUCAGUCGUUCUACCUCCCGUAGGAAAUUUCGCCACUCUCCAAGUCUCGCAUAACAAGGCGUUGGAACCCAUCUCGCCCGUCGACACAGACGAUUUAAUAGAUCAUGAUGCUUCCUCGCAAGCGAAGCUUUUGCCCAAACGUGCUCGCAAGGAUGAUAUGUCGCCCUCCAAUACCAAGCGUGCCCGGACGGGAGCGGACCAUAUUUCACAGGAAUCAUACAGCAUCGAUGCAAAAGCGGAUGCCGCUGAUCAGACUCCGGUGGCGAAGGUGGUUCACAACCCCAAGGGGAGCACCACCCUUGGCACUAUUGUACCAGACAUUGCACAGGACCUGAAAACCGAGCAAGAUUCUUUCGUGCAGACUUCAAGGACAAUCACAAUGGAAGAAAUAAGGAGCGACAAAUCCUAUGGCAAGCAAAGGUACCACUACAUUAUUCAAGAGGACGGCAACUUUUGGAUAGCAAAGUGCACUGAACAUGGCGUCCAUUUCGGGAAAAACGUCAAGCAAGGGGCAGCAAAGCAUCUCAACGGGAAGGCUCAUGGGUUGAGCAGAAAACGCGAUCAAAUACUUCAUAUGCUCGGCUAUCGGAUCACCGAUUGUACCGAGAAACUGGCCAAGGAGAACAAUGAGAAGUUCGAGGCUAAGUUGAAGAACGGCUACAAACCGCUAAAUCUGACUCAACGCGGGAAACAAAAUCAUGUCGAUUUCGAAGACAUGGUUUCAUCGCCAAAAAUGGCACAUCAACUUCCAGAGCCCAAGAAAGGUUUGCAGCCAUCAUCCGUAUCGGGAACGCGGCCUGUCGCGGGCGACCUGUGGGUCGGCUAUUUCGAGAGGGAACAAGUUCACUAUGGUGUGCGGAUCCUACCGCUGGUUGCCAACAGCAGCGAUCCAGGGCUGCUGCCGGUUGGCAGAACAAAACUUUUCACAGAUGCCACCCUGCCGUCAUGCUACAUCUCAAGCGGUCCAGACGAUAUUCGAUGGGCACCGGGCUAUGAGGACGGCGGACCUCGGGUCAAGGAACGCCAGUACCCCGUUUUGGUGUUUGAUGGCGAUGAAACUUACGACUGGAUCUCUUUAGCAAACCUGACGCCGUUCGAUCUUGAGAGGAAAGAUAAAAAGGUAUCCCGAUGGAGGAGGGCGCGGGAUGAGUACGCCAGGCUGCGUGGGUACAAGGAUUACUCGCACAUGCAGACGGACUUUGGCCGAACGAGAACAAACAGACGUCUAUCUGAAUAUCCGGUUCCGGGUAAAAUGUAUGCAACACAGUACAACGAAAAUGGGGUUUUUGGAGUCAUGGUUUUGCCAUGGCUCCCUGAGCUUGCCGAGGAGUGCCCCAAGACAGGCAGAGACCUUAUGGAUCGGCUUUUGAAGGUCGACAGGGAUGGAUGUAUCCCGACUUGUUAUUUGACCACCCCCGAGUCGGAAAUUAGCGGCUGGGCCUGUGAUUACAGAGACGGCGAAAUAUCUGUCCCUGAUCGCUCCUACCCCGUACUAUGGUUCGAUUCGGAAAUGAACGUCGGCUGGGUGUCGGGUUCUGCUCUUCUUGGCUUCGACUUUGAGAACGACCACUGUGGUCAGGACAAGAUACAAAAGUUCAACCAGGCUAGGAUGGAAUACGCCAAGAUCUUUGGCUACAGGAACUACGCCGACAUGAAGGCCAAGGCAGGCGUUCCUGAGACCAUGUCACGACCAAUAUCCGCGGGUAUAAUCUUGGACUCCGACUCUGAGUCUGGGGACUCUGAUUCGGAGCCCGACACCGAGGAUUUAGACAAGAGUACCAUGGAAGGUCAGGUUGCUGAAGGCGUGGAGGAAAUUGAUCUGGACGUGGAUGCGGACGAUCAAACCACUGGCUCUGGUACUAGUGAUGACGACGACAUGCUGAUGGACCUGGAUCUCGACAAACACCAACCUGCCUCUAUUGAGAAGGUCUCAGAGCCGGGAGUCACGGCCGCUACCGAUAGCGGCCAAGCGAUGAAGACGCGACAAACCUCACCCGCUACUGGCGCUACUACACUGUCGGUCGCUUCAAAUUUGCAGCCGAAGACAAAGGGUGCGUACGCAGCGACAACGAAGGGGGUACCAGCGGUGCCAGCGGAGGCAACUUCACAAUCCGUCCCUGUGCGCUCUGUAGCCGACUCGCGCGCUCAAAGCAUGGACGGCCUCAGCUCUACAGGCCGCCCAGCAUCAGCACAGCACAAAUCAAUACAGAAACAACCCCAGCGCGCCACCAGCGUACCUUCUGUUGCUCCUGGGGACCAUCUAGAAGUUGAUAGAGCCAAGGACUUGGAGAAAAUGAGACGUGCGCGUCUGAAGUUGAAGAAGACUCCUCCUUGCAUCGGUCCGCGGCCAAAUGCGAGCUGGGUCAUCGUUCCCCAAGUUGAUCACGUUGACAAGCCCGCAAAAUCACAAAAAGCUGUAUCAAAUAUGCCUCCUUUGGCCCGUCACUCGCCACAUCCGCCUACCGCGGCUCCAGAGGCGGUUCAGUUGGCCCAAGUUCCUGCGGUUACCCAGCCGCAUACGCCAGUCCAAGCAUCGGGGAUAACAACUCACAAACCGCAAACUACAGGUUCGCAGUCUGGCAGCAGUGGAACAAUGUCGGUGAUCAAUGCGCCUCCCAUCGCAUCGACAACGUCUUCCAAAACAACAACAUCACCCCAGGCCUUGGCAUUGAGGAUGAACCCUAAUCUUGCACCUGCACGUGUACGGGAGGUUACGCAACCUAGCGAUAGCAUGAUAACUAGCCAGCCGUCGCAAACUUUGAUGCAGUCAGUUGUGACAAUCGUCAAACCUCCGGAAUCUGCUGGGCUUCCUCCAAAACCUGCAAAUCGCCAGGCUGCUGCCCAACCUAAAGCGGCUGGACCUAAAGUUCGAACGAUCGAUGUGGGAGCCCGUAUGCCCAUUGCCCCGAUGAGCAUCAUGGAUCUACGUGAGCCUGAGGCCCAAAAUGAUGUUUCGGCCCCAGCUGGCGAAGGACGAGGGCAAAGCCGAGAGUUGGGUGUCUUACAACAAUCUUCAACUCCUGUAUCGUUCUUAAUGCAAACGGCUAGGAACGCGCUCAAGGUCGGCAAGCCCGCUGCGGCCCACGAGCCAGGCAGCAUGGCUAACAGCAGGCCAACAAAUGCCACAUUAACCUCCUCAGCCACCCCCAGCUUGUCCGCGCUCAGGAAAGAGCUCGACAGCGAACCCUUGAUGCUGUGCGCAUACUCAUCGGCGGCCACCGAGGCUCAGCUCGCCGAGAACCAGCAGACUUUUGCAGCAGAGUCGUUGUUGGUUGCCAUCGACCACAGUUGUGAUGUGGUCAAAUCUGUCUCGGGCUCGCCGAUCCACAUCCUUGUUAGGCCCAGAGAGGUCAAACGCUUUGUCAUGGAGCGGUUUGAUGAUGGCACGGGUAGAGCGACUCUCUUUAUGGGAGACGACGAGCCGGUGCAGCGGCUUCAUUUUGCUAACAUGCCUGGCGAGAAUAACAAGAAACCUCACCCGGGUUGGCGCAGCUGCAGUUUUCUGCGGGGAUAUGUGGAAGGUUUUGACACAGGUGUAAUCGUCGAGCGUAUUUAG